CGCCGAGCAUCAGUUUUCUUUUUUUGCUGAAGAUUUUCCUGCAACCGUCCAGGUCACCAUCACCACUAGCUACCACUUUACCACCCCGACAAUGAGCGACGACGAGCAGACCAAGCUGCUGGAGUGUGCUGGUCCCCCGUCCGCGUCUCCCGGGAAGAAACCCCCGCGGAUGCCCAAGUGCUCCCGGUGCAGGAACCACGGCUACGUGUCGCCGCUGAAGGGACACAAGCGCUUCUGCAACUGGAGAGACUGCCAGUGCCAGAAAUGCAAACUGAUCGCGGAGCGGCAGAGAGUUAUGGCGGCCCAGGUGGCUCUGCGAAGGCAGCAGGCUCAAGAGGAGGAGAUGGGGCUCUGUAGCCCAGCCACGCUGUCCAGUCAGGAGGUUGUUGUGAAGAAUGAGCCCACUGGAGACUGUCUGUCCUCGGUGUCUGGAGGACGAUCACCUACCUGUGGAAACACCUCAGCUGGUACCUCACCUUCUAAUGCAGGUAGUCGUUCUGGCCUGGCGUCCAGCCCCACAGCGUUCAGUAGGGGGCAGUCUACUGACGGAACAGCUGACCUCCUGGUGGACACCUCCUACUACAACUUCUACCAGCCGUCACGCUACCCUACAGCCUACUACAGUAACCUGUACAACUACCAACAAUACCAGAUGCCAAACGGCGAGAGUCGUCUAUCCAGCCACAACGUGUCUCCUCAGUACCGGAUGCAUUCCUACUAUUCCUCUGCCUCCUACCUCAGCCAGGGGCUAGGCCAGGGGUUGGGCCAGGGUCUGGGCCAGGGUCUGGGCCAGGUGCUGGGCCAGGGAUUGGCCCAGGGAUUGGGUCAGGGCCUGGGGACCACAGCGGCCUGUGUUCCCCCCAUCUUCUCUCUGGAGGACAACACCUGCCAUGACACCAAGCAGACCUGUGAGUAA